CAGUUUAUUUAUUCAUUUAUCGCAACCUGAAGGCGAAGACUGUCAUAUCUGCCGAGGAUUUCGUCAACCAGAAGGACAAGUCAGAACUGUCGAGCGCAGAUUUCGGUGAUAUAAUUAGAUACCAUAUUUAUGAUUAUCUAUUGCAUAAUGGCGAUAUCGAGCUACAUGGCGUGUGCGAAAUGAAUCAAGUAGCGACAUACGUGGAUACCGAGCUGAUGACAGCAUACAAGAACAACAUUGUGUUGCACUAUGGCACUUGCCUACAGCGGAUUCUGGCCAAAUUGAUUGAUAUUCGCAGCCGCAAAACCACACUGCACAGUACAAUGGGCAAUGUGUCCAAGGCUGAGUUCAAUAAUGCAUGUCAAGUAUGUAUUUACAUACCUGCACAGAAGCGCAGACAUUCCGGCAUGUUCCCAACCCGCGGCCCUACCAGAGAUCGAAGAACCCAACUGCGAAGUGCCAUGGCCUUCUCCGCUGUACAAGCGAGUCAUGUAAGCGGGCCAUGGCACAAUACAGGCGGGCCUAUUCGUCUCGGCUCUUGAACCGCGACCUCGCAGCAGCUCUAAACUUCAGGCUCAUUUUCCAGUCACUCUGUGAUUCAGGCAGUAUUCCUGAACGGUUCCGUCGCUCUACAGCCAUUGCUGCCGAUGCUUUUGGCACCAUUCCGGCAACAAAGGAGCCAGACAAGAGGCGUGUAGCAGCAGGCGAUUCUGUUGCCAGCAGCAGCGAGCCAGCGCUGAAGCGCCUACGCUGAGCAGGCCACCAUGGUGGGAGAUGUCCAUGAUCGACAUUGCACCAACAACCAUCUGACACGUUCAAAUGACCGGUUCGCCGUGAUGCCCUUAUCGACGUGUCAACCCAUGCUGACUAGCAGCCGAGCUCGCAUCGCGAGCAGAGUAUUUCUAGUA